CAGCUGUCCAGCUCCUCUACAGGGAGAAGCCACCCAGGAAGAGGGCCACAGGGACCUGCUGACGAAAGCUGACUGCAGCUCUGCUCACAGUCCCUGGGCACACCUGGGUACAUACGUAUCCAACCUGAGGGACUAAGGACAGAAAAAUCAACACUGCUGAAUUCAGUAGAAGGACAACCUCACUCCUCAGAGACUAAACCAUGGGGGUAAAAAGAAUUGCAGUGAUUGGUGCAGGGGUCAGCGGACUGGGUGCCAUUAAGACCUGUUUGGAGGAGGGGCUAGAACCUACCUGUUUUGAAAAGAAGAGUGACAUCGGAGGACUGUGGAAAUAUGAGGAGAUAUCAAAAAGUGGAAAUCCCGGGAUAUACAAAUCUUUAACCUGCAAUACAUCCAAAGAGAUGACAGCCUUCAGCGACUAUCCCGUCCCUGAUCAUUUCCCCAUCUUCAUGCACAACUCCAAAAUGAUAGAGUAUCUCAGGAUGUAUGCCAGGCAUUUCGGACUCAUGAAACACAUCCAGUUCCAGACAAACGUGUGCAGUAUAAAGAAACGCCCUGACUUUUCAUCCUCUGGUCAAUGGGACGUGGUAGUAGAGACUGAGGAGGCGCAGAAAACCUACAUUUUUGAUGGGAUAAUGGUUUGCAGUGGUCAAUACACUGAGAAGUACAUUCCUUUACAAGACUUUGAAGGAAUCAGCAAGUUCCAAGGCAGCUGUCUCCACACCUGGGAGUACAAGUGCCCAGACAACUUUGUGGGGAAGAGAGUGGCAGUGAUUGGCCUUGGGAAUUCUGGAGCAGAUGUGGCAGGCGAGAUCAGCAGGGUCGCUGACCAGGUUUUCCUCAGCACAAGACAUGGGGCGUGGAUAUGGAAUCGAGUUUGGGACCACGGGGAUCCCAUGGACACCACAGUCUUUACUCGGUAUAAUAGAGCUGUUCAAAAGCUCUGCCCCAGAUACAUGAUCAACAGACAAAUGGAGAAGAAGUUAAAUGAAAGGUUUAACCACGCCAAUUACGGGCUGCUGCCUCCGCACAGAAUUCUUGACCAGCGAACAGUUCUCAGCGAUGACCUCCCAAAUCGCAUCAUGAUUGGAAAAGUGAAGAUAAAACCAAAUGUUAAAGAGUUCACCUCAACAUCGGCCAUCUUUGAGGAUGGAACCGAGGAGAAAAUAGACGUUGUCAUCUUUGCCACAGGCUAUAAAUUGUCAUUCCCUUUCUUGAGUGAUGACUCAGGAGUCCUAGACAACCAGUACUCCAUGUUUAAAUAUGUCUUCCCUCCUGAGCUAGAGAAGCCAACUCUGGCUUUCAUUGGCAUCCUCCAGCCAGCGGGAGCCAUCAUCCCCACAAGUGAGCUCCAGAGCCGCUGGGUUGUGCACGUGUUCACAGGACUGAAACAGUUGCCCUCAAGGAGAGCCAUGAUGGCCGACAUCAACAGAAAGCAUCAAAUAAAGGCCAAAGACUCUAAGGAAAGUCUCAAAGACUCUCGCCGAGUAAUAUUCAUCGACUACAUGGACGAAAUUGCUUCUGAGAUAGGUGUCAAACCCAACCUGUUCUCUCUCCUCCUCUGGGAUACAAAACUGGCUAAGGAAGUUUUCUGGGGUCCUUGCACCUCUUACCAGUACCGUCUACAGGGGCCAGGGAAAUGGGAUGGGGCUCGGGCAGCCAUCCUCACUCAGAGAGAAAGGAUGCUCAAACCCCUGAGAACCCGUGUGGUCAAACAAUCUCACCUCUCUCAUCUGUCCUGGGUCAAAAGUGUUUGUGUUGUUGUUUUUUUCCUUAUUUCUGUACUAGUUAUCAUGCAUAUCACAAGUCCCUAACCUCAUAUUGACAUAGAUAUUUCUGCAACUAGAGAGUAAACUAUCGUUAAUUAAACCAUAUAUCUUAGGAUCAGUUAAGUAUAAGGGGAAACAUGUUUAUUAAGCAAGUUUUAAACUGGGUUUUCAAAUGCACACAGAAUUACUCCAACAAUGACUUUAUAAGGAGAGGUUGAAAGGGUUACUAUUUUACUCCAAAUGUAAUUGAAAUAAUUUGAGAAGUUUAUAUGUAACAUGACCAUGAAGAAUAAUUAAAAGUGGGAUGAAUUUGGUUUAUUAAAAUUUCAGAGAUACUGUUUAAUCAGCAAUAAACCUUAAAAGUAUAUUUGAUAGUCUCAAAGCAUCUUUCACAUUCUGACCCCCUAGAAAAUCAUAGCUGUUUCAAGCAGUAGGUUGGUUGGUUGGUUGGUUGGUUGGUUGGUUGGUUGGUUGGUUGGUUGAUUGGAUGAUUCUUAGUUUUAAGACUUGGUCUCAGUGUACAAGCAGGUCUGGGAUGACCUCAUGUUCAUGCUUUUUACUACCACAUGUUGGGAUUGUGAACCAGUGUCAGCCACUGGGCACUGCCUGAGAAAGAUUUAUCAAUGGAAAGAUGUGACAUUCAUCAACUUACCACUGAAUCAAACAGCAACAUUUGUAAAAGUGCUACCAGCCGACAUAACACAUUGCAGCUCCCGGUGUGAUGCACUGGGAGCUGAUAUCUCGUACUCCUCCCAGAAUGUUUAGCAAGAAUGAAAUUAAGGAACAACAUGAGAAAAUGAGAAAAACACAUUUCCAGUAAAUCUUAGCUCCAUUCCAAAUAAAGGAGACUGCAGCCCUAUAAUGAUCAAUGAAAAUAUCUGAACACUAAAUGACAAUUCUAACAUAAACGAGAGGAUUUUAAUAUGUACAUGGUCAUAUUGAAUUACUGAUGAUACUGUGAUAUAAUAGCUUUAUGUUUAUGCAGCAGAAUAUUCCUAUUUCUAAUAGGUAGGCAAAAGUAGGAGUACCAUGAUGUGGACAUUUUAUUUGAAGUGUAUGUUUAAGUUUAUCUGUAAGUGAGAGACUGACAGGGACAGAGCAAGAGACACAAAAGAAAAAUGCUAGGGACAGAAUUUCCACAGACUGUGAUUCUGGUAGGAAGUUGUACAACUGUUCCUAGCACUAAUCUUUCAGCCCUUUUGUAAACUUGAGAAUUUCAAAAUAAAAAAUAAUU